AGGCGCGCGCAAGUUUGGACGCGGCCAGACAUGGCCAGCUGCUGUUCGACAUUAAAUAAUUGAUCAAUAUUCAUCUGUAUUUGUGAAGCAGUCUCAUAGAGGUAUGCCCGGUGCAUACUAGCGAGUCCAAUAUCUACCACCUUCUAUCAUCCUUCAAUCCGUCCAACACUGCACUCCCUGCGAUCAAGUGCGUAUUUUCAUUUUCUCAUGUUACACUCAAAAUGUAGUCAUUACGUGUUUACCCCCGCACUACAUGCAGGUACCGUCCAUUGUGACUAUCCCUGGUACUUUAAACAGUCUAUCCCGCACCUAUCCAUAGCCAAGCCCCGACGAAAUGGCGAACUUACGACCACGCAUGACGAGUAGCGGGAGAAUAAACUUCGGCGUGUCUCAAACUGAAUUGGCAUUAGCCAUGAGUGCAGUCAUGGAUAACAACGAGCCCGAAGUUCCCGGACCAUUUCUACGUUCUGCAGCACUGGAGAUCGGUGACACCUCCUUCCUCGAGGAGAUUGCUCCCCUACGUAGAGAAGGGGAUCAGUUGUUCAGCAGAAAGGUGUAUCAGGCUGCGUUGGGAAAGUUUAAAAAGACGGCCAGGGUGAUCGUUGGAGACGGGUUUGAAAUCCCGUUGUAUUGUGGUGAGGGAGGAGGGUUCAGGUCGAAGAAGUACAUGGAGAUGAAACAGGCAAAGAGGCUGGCAUUAAUGGAGUGCUGCGUUCAGAUUGCUCGAUGCCUCCGAGAGCUGGAAGAUUAUGAACAGUCGUUGAUCUGGGUAGAAGAAGUUGAAGUCAUAGUGCGGAAUCUGUGUUUCUCCAACACAGAAGCCAUGUUUGAUUGGCACGCCGAUCUUCCUCGUAUCGAGUGGAAUCCUAACGAUGGAAUCGAGCAGUUCUACGUACAACGUGUCAGGGCUUUAUGUCUGGCGUCGGACAACUACCUCAGUCUCUGGAAUACGGGCACAGCUGCGCAACGAAGACAUCUAGCAUACAAAAUCACUCAACAUCUCCCACCUAAUGUCAACUCCAUCACUUUUCGAGGCAUUGUUUCUUCUGCUGCCAUGUUUUUGUUCUACCAGUUCCGGCAUCCUGAUCCGCAGAUGACGAAAGACCUCAUGGCUAAUGAGGAGAGUCUUCAAGUUAUGGGUUCAUGGAGCAAAAUAGAGGUCCAACGCGAUCGGAACAUCCCUCCUCGCUUUGGCUUUGCGAGCUUCAUCUGGAAGGGUCGUUACUACAUCGUAGGCGGUGAAAAAUCGCAUAGUGGUCCUUACUACAAAGAUAUGCACUAUAUCGAGCUGUCGAACGUCAGCACAGGCUGGCACGACCUUCCGUCUUAUCCAGGAGACAUGAUUCGAGUCUCUGGAUGGAAGAUAGGUGUAUACCAAGACAAGGCCUAUUUCUUCAACGGACGUCCUCAACUUGACUAUUUUGACCUGGUCACCGAACGUUGGGGCUCUGUGCGUACUCGUCCCGCCGAUAGGCAAUGGCCAUAUCCAGAAAAGGACUUUAUGGACUACGCUGGAGUCCUUGUGAAGAGCAAAUUUUACGUCUUCGGCGGGACUCAUGGCAAUGUCACCACCGGCUGUAAUCUCUUCAUGGUUCUUGACCUAUCCGAUCCCAGGCUCGAGUGGAAAAAGCUCACUGGACACGCUAGUCAACCAUUGGUGCCCGAUUGGAAUUGUCCUGGACCACGUAGACAUCCAACUAUCUGGGCUGAUGAGCGAGUGCCGGGCUCGGAGAGGAUUUAUCUAAUGUUUGGAGAGGCAGAUAGAGCGGGAGCGAAGUUCAGGAGAGAGCCACAGGGAUCGUCGGAAUCCUAUUCGUAUGGCGAUUUCUGGAGUUGGGACGUGAACCAAGGUGGUUGGAGACGUGAACGAAUGGUCGGGAACCCGCCAUGCGCUCGGUCGGAGAUGGCAUACACCUUUAAUGAGAAACUUGGAAUGGCCUUUGUAUUUGGUGGAUACAGUCCAUCCCUCCCGGCUGACUACGUGGAAGAAGGGAAAAAGUUCUCUUUCACCUACUUCGCCGAUACCUUCAUUUACAUACCCCCAUCAGCCUCAUCACCCUCCGCGACGUCUGCACCGAAGUGGAAGCACGUUCUCACUCGCGGAUUCCCUACAUACCGUGCUCAAGCUCAGCUUUUCACGGAUCCCGACACUGGAAAAAUCUACUUAUUUGGUGGAUAUACUAACUCUCAGUUCGUGCCAGAUAAGAAACACGAGAUCUCCCGCAGCUUCAGUGACGUGUGGCAAUUGAAGAUCAACAUUCCUGGUGGUUACUUCGAUGACGUCGAUCUGGAAGAAGAGACGAAGACUGCAAUGGCGGGCCCAUGGCAACGCUGCUUCAACUGCGGAAAUGCGGGAAGAUGGAAGAAGUGUGGAGGUUCAUGUGGUGGUCGAGCUUUCUUCUGUGACUCCCAAUGCAUGAAAGAAGGUUGGAAGGAGCACAAAGAAAGACACCAUUGUGCCAAUGUAAGAAAAUAAAUGUAAAUGUCCCGUUCUAUGUAUAGUGUCCUACUGCGACAUGUCGUUUGCCAGUGACACAUAACGUAUCGAAUUUCCAGUGGUAUAUGUGUCCAAAUUAUAGCAGUCUAAAUUAGUACAGUUCCGAAGUGUUCCUAGAUGAUGCACAACACGCAGUAUAGGUUUUCUCU